CUGCUGGUACAGUAACUUUCACCAAUGAUGUGCUUUUCCCUCGGAGGAAGGCGGAGUUGGGAGUUAGUGUCAGGGCCAUAAAUAAGAGGGUCCCACGCCAGGGAAAUGAGAAGUCAGUGAACAUCCGCGGGUACUGCGAGCCAGCAUUAGAGGGCUUCCCUCAACCGCCCCGCGCCGAAACUCCACCGCCCGCGGAAGCGCUCGGCCAGCCGGCAGCAAGCUCAGCUGGAAAACCAAGCCUAGGAAAGCUUUUUCUCCCGGCCGAGCGACCAGCGCCAUGAGCCCGCUGGCCGGCACCUUGCUGUUGUCGGCGCUGCUGGUGCUGAGCCGCAGGCCGGCGGAGGUGGGGGCCUGCAGCUGUGCCCCCGCGCACCCACAGCAGCUCAUCUGCGACUCGGCGCUGGUUAUUCGAGCAAAAAUAUCCAGCGAAAAGGUGGUUCCUGCCAGCGAUGAUCCUCUUGAUACCCACAAAAUGAUCCGGUAUGAAAUCAAACAAAUAAAGAUGUUUAAAGGAUUUGAAAAGCUUAAGGAUGUCCAGUAUGUCUAUACCCCUUUUGAUUCGUCACUCUGUGGAGUGAAACUAGAAGCUAACAACAAAAAACAGUACCUUUUGACAGGACAAAUUUUAAGUGAUGGCAAAGUCCUCAUCCAUUUAUGCAACUACAUCGAACCCUGGGAUGAUUUAUCCUUGUCGCAAAAGAAGAGUCUUAAUCAGAGAUAUCAAAUGGGCUGUGGCUGCAAAAUCUCCACCUGCUACACGGUGCCCUGUUCAAUCACGACACCAAACGAGUGCCUCUGGACAGACUGGCUGAUAGAAAGGAAGCUGUACGGGCACCAAGCCAAGCACUACGCCUGUAUCAAGAGGAGCGAUGGCACUUGCAGCUGGUACCGAGGUGGUCCUCCCCCAGAGAAAGAGUUUAUUGAUAUCAGCGAACCUUAAAACUGUCACUUCCUAAAAAGCCUUGGAGUCUAAUUCCAUCAAACACUGCACGCUCACAGCUUUGAACUGCCAUCCUCUAAUGUAUCUGUUGCUUAGAAACAAAACCAAAUUGUCCUGUACAGCUAAAGUACGAGUCUGGGGAAUUGGCACCCGCGCAAGAUGAGGAACAAAACUCCUGGUGGUAGCUACUCCGUAAAGUCAUGCUUUGUACGGAGAGGCUCAAGCUGAGAACGCUCCUCUGUGUCCUCCGAGGCGUAACACGUUGCCCUUUUACCAAUAUGAAUGUACAAGAACAAAAGAAUUGCCAGAAUUUUGUCCCCUAUUUCUGUUAACCUACAGAUUAAGAGCGCCCCAUGUUUUAUUCCAGAUCUUUCCAAUGAACUACGGAAUGUUUUAUAGAACUAUUUUUUUCUGUAUGAAAGUUUUCUGAUACAAAAGAAUUAUUGUACAGUGUAUAUGUAAAGUAUUAUAACAAUAUGCUAUAAAAAAGAUUCAAAAAUCCCUGUAUUUCCUUGUCUGUUGAAACAAGUUGAACACUUCUGUGAUUAAAACAAUCUGUGCUCCGUAUUUUGUAUGUUACUUAUGUCAUAGUUUUCUUUGCCUACAGAGUUGUAACUUUCAUUGAUGACUAAGUUAAAAAACAGCCUCGAUAAUCAAAAUCCUCUUACCCAAUUCAACAUUCCUAUGGACUAGCUGUACCUUCUUGAAAGAAAAGCCAGAUGUUCUAAUGCUUCACCAUUUUAUGGAACCAACACAAACAAUGACAGGCUAAAACUGCUUGUAUUUACAGAAACCACGUCCAUCACCACGGCAGCUGCAGUACUUGAUAAUGCCUCUAAAUAUGUGACCAGGUUAUUGUAUUUCAGCACCGUUAAAGCCUUGGCUUUAGAAACUCAUGUAAAAAUACAUGCAAUAGAUAUUCAAUAACUUACACUGCAAGUCAUUUCUACAAAGCUUUCAAAUAUUCAACCAUUAAUGAUUUUUCAUUAAUGAAUACCCAUCAUACUCUGUCAUAAUGAAUUGGGUAACUCAUGAACUUACACUAGAGAAGCGCGACAACGUAUUUCGCCUUCUAGUUUUUUAGUGUCUUAGCUUUUAUGAAUUGAUUACUGUAGUCAGUAACUAAUCUCACACAUAUUUAAGUUUACAAAAGUAAUUCAGUUCACGGUGGUAAAACUUAAAAAAUUAUUUCAGUAAAUGCCAAAGUUUAGACAGUUGUCCAACUACUUGUGUUCUAGAAAGUGGAUGAGAACUGUCAUGCAGGAGAUGGCUCUCUAACAGCUGCCAUUUCUGACAUAUUUCACUCUCUCCAAUUUUCUCCAUUGGCUUUCCUUCACUUCAUUCCAAUUUUGGCUAGAAAUUUCUCUCAUGUAUUCCUCGCAGGAGAACUCGGAAUGACAGGCAGAGAUGUAGAGGGUUGUGCUCCCGUUUGGUUCAGUCAGGUCUAUUUCAAGGUUUAACACCAGGCUUCGCUCAUUCUGUUAACCAGCAGGGGACCCCCCCGCCCCCGGGCUCCUUCGAGCCGGAGCUGUUAUUGCCCCUCGGUUCAGGGGACCAGAUUUCCAAAUAGUUCCUUUAGCCUGUCUGCUAUAGAGUCCUCAGAAAAGCAUUGGGACUUAAACUUGCCAAGAAAAUAUGCACAUCUUUAAGCGUAUAGGCAUCUCUAAUUCCGUUCCAUUCGAUGUAGUAGUAGUUUGGACAUAAAAUUCAGCGUGUCCCAUGUAUCAUGUCACACCCUAAGGUAUGUUGCAUUGGAUAUAUGACGGAGACUUGCAUAAAAACCUGUAUAAAUUAUUUUUGUGGCAUAUUCUGUUCACGUUUCUAAUGUAUAUUUUGACAAUUGCAUGAAUCCAUAUUUAAAGGACAGAUGUGAAAACACUAGUGGGAGAAUAAAUUUUCUUACUUACUUUUUCUAUAGCUAAACUCGUACCGUUUCAAUGAAGUGCAAGCGGUGCAAGGCCAAGAGGAAGGCACGCCGUUAUUCCUUUGAGGAAUAUAUGUCCCUUAAUGGUCAACUUUUCAUUUUUUAUUUACUGUAAAUCAGUUUCACUGUUGUAAUUUACAAUCCUAAAUGAAAACACCAUAUAUUUGUGCUGCCAAAUGGAAGGCCUAGCUCAUUUUCUGCUUUGCUAAGGACAAACAAAAAAAUUACCUAACGCUAAUUUGGACCAUUGACUUCUUAUGGCUACUUACAGAAAUGAAAUGAAAAGGCUACAUUUCUUCCCAAAAGCGAUUGAUAUUGCAGAGACAAUAUUGACAGUGAUAUUUGCUGUCAGUGCUGUGCAUUUAUACUACUAAUUUACAGAAAGAUUUGAAAAAAAAAGAAAAAGGCCUUAUUUCCUCAUAUCAAACCAAAAUAAUUCCUAGACAAGCCUGCAAGCGCUUAAUGACUAUACAAAGCCUGAAUUAAGCACAUGGCUAAUUAAUAUUCAAUACGUGUAGAGUGUAGCAUUUGUUUCCAAAUCCAUUUUGAUGUAAUGGUGUCUUUUGAAUAGUGCUCUGCAGCAAACAGAUAUUUUCUGCUUUUUAACUCAACAUAGUUCUAUUUCAGUUUUAUAGCAAAUUAGACUUAACUAACUCAAUUCAGACUGCCUUCUUUAAGCACCUUGUAAAAAUAAAUGUUUUCUUCGAUAUUUAUGAACAAACUGUAAUAUGAAGUGUAUGACAUAUUUAGUUUUAAAAACAUUUUAUAUUUGACCUGCCAUAAAAUAUCCCGUAUGAGGUAUUUCAAAAAUUAAUGGCCGUCCACUUUGAUUUCCGUCUGAGGAUAAAUCUGGCCAAACUUCCCACAACUGAUGGCACAAAGAUUUUCUUUUUUUCAUGUCAAUAAAUAUAGCAAGAAAAGCUUUACAAAAGCCCCUCUCAGAAUGAGUUUUUAAUUUCCCUGAGAUUCAGCACUGAUAAAGAUUAUGAAAAGGAUUAACUACAACGUGGCAUUCCAACUAUGUUAUUUUCCUAUCAAGAUUUUUACUGCAGUGGCACUGAUAUAUUAUCAUCAGCAGAUUAUUUUUACAACUUUUUUUUUUUUUUUUUACUACUUGAAACUGUGUAUGUGCUAUAUGAAAAGUUAGAGCAGAAAUAUAGCCUGGUACAACAUUUGAUUUUAAUUUGAAAAUGACUCACAUGACUUAUAAGAGGAGGGAGAUGAACAGAGAAGGGAGACUGUACAGGUGAAUGGUGGAAAAAACGCCUUGAAUAUUGCUGGCUUUUUCUCAAUGUUCCAGUUAUAUUUUAAUUAAAUUGUCCAACAACUAUGUUGAAAAAGCCGUGGUUUGGUUUUUUUUUUUUCCACGACAGAGAACAUAAGAGGUGUGAACGUAGUGAAAUAAAGGGAACUAAUUACUGAGGGAAAGGCUGUAGAUAUGACUCAACUAGCAACGAGUUCAAAAAGCCUCACAGCAUUUUGUAUAGUUUUAAUCAGUCUGAGAUGAAUGUUUCUGUUUCAAACAGUGUUUCAUUAAAGUAGCUCCAUUUUUACACGAAAGAAUGGCAUCUUUGUUUAUUUACCUUUUAUUGCCGUCUAAAGACUCGGUACAAGUGACCACCGUGGUGUGAAAGAAGCAAAAGGCAGAGCAGCAGCUCUGUACCUUGGCGGGCUCAGCUGAAACCUCAACGCACGGAGACCUGGAGUUCCCCCCGCUCCCCCCACCCCAACCGGUUCUCACUGGAGGAGAGGGAGAGAGCUCCAGGUUAAGGUUUGGAGCAUAAGAAGGGAAGAGACGAACGCAAGAGGAACUACAAAAGUUAUUUUAAACUGUAAAUACCAAAGUCUGUAAAAGCAAAUGCAGAUGAGGCCAGCUCUUAAUAAACAGUGUUUAAAAAACCAACAAAAUUUAAACAGCGCAACAUGAUUUCAACUCAUCAACUAGAAGGCUUUGAUAUUCAGAUCAUCUUGCAACCCAUUCUAGAAAUUUGAAUAAAAC